AAGAAGAAGUUCACCCUCCGGAGCUCCGACAAUGAGUCCUUCGAGGUGGAGGAAGCGGUGGCGUUGCAGUCGCAGACGAUCAAGCACAUGAUCGAGGACGACUGCGCCGAGGGCAUUAUUCCUCUCCCGAACGUCACCAGCAAGAUCCUGGCAAAGGUCAUCGAGUACUGUUGCAAACACGUUGAAGCCGCCGAGAAAAACAGCAGCUAUGGCCCCAGCAACACCGAGGACGAUAAACUCAAAACGUGGGAUAAGGAGUUCGUGAAGGAUGUUGAGCCUGACCAAAAUGUGCUGUUUGAUUUGAUUCUGGCGGCGAAUUACUUGAACAUCAAGAGCCUUUUGGACCUGACAUGCGAACAUGUUGCGAACAUGAUGAAGGGGAAAAGCGCGGAGGAGAUAAGAGCGACAUUCCAUAUCGUAAAUGACUACACCCAGGAGGAAGAGGAGGAGGUUCGUCGUGAAAACCAGUGGGCUUUUGAAUAA